AUGACAGCAAGAGACAGUCUGUCCGUACCAACGUACUUCACCAGAGGCAGCAAGUUCUACUUAGUUGAUAUUCGCACGAGGUCUUCGAAAGCAGCUCAUUGCCCAAAAGCGGUCACACUUCGAGUUGAUCCCAAUGGACAUAUUUUAUACUGGACUCCACGGGUAGGCGAGACAUCCAACUACAUCUUCAUCCAAGACAUCGUAGAUGUUCGCGUUGGAAGACAAGCUGCUUAUGUUUAUGAAUCAAUGAAGAGAAAUGACAGCAGCACAAUGACCGUAGUCACCAACGUGGACUUCAUUCACCCUGUCUUUACCACCUUUGUCUACUCGAAAGACGAUCCGAAAAGGGUUAAGAGUUGGGCAGAAUUCCUUUUUCCACUCUCGGUAACCGUCCGAAGGCGGCAUUUCGGUGUGCUCUACCACAUUCGGAAAUCGCUUUCACCGUUCUUGUAUGCCUCCGACACAAAAGAGUUUUCGUUGGAACAGUAA